UGGCUCGGCAGCAGCAGCGCGGCUCCUGCCGCCCGCCUGCUCGUUCACUCGCUCGCAGUGCCCGCCGCCUGCCGCCUGGCUCUGGGCGGCUCGCAGCUCCGGCUCCUGGCCCGGCGCUCUGGCGUGGCUCGGGCUCCGGGGGACAGACCCGCACGGCUGGCCGGCUAAACCCCGGGCGAGCGGCGGAAGCAGUCGCCCCGACUCUCUUCGGGGAAGUCCGGUACGCCCGACACUUGAGUUCACUCCCUUGACGUCCCUCCUGCCCUCGGCGACGACCCCUGCUCCCGAAGUUAAGAGAAGCGAAUCAUUCCCAGUGCGCGCCUGGAGCGCGGUCCCGAAGUUCCCAACUUUUCGCCCAUUCGUGGGCGGUAAUGUUGGAGGUGGGGAAAUGGGUGGUCGUUGUUGUCCCUUGGAGCCGCAGAGCGCAGCCGCCUUCCUCCUGGACUUGGUUUAUUUUCCUAAUUUGUUAGAAAACAGUACGGCUUAAAAAUAUGCAAAAUCGUUCCUUGCGGGCGUUGAGUCUGUGAGUCUGUGAGUGGGACCGAGCCAUAACCCGUCGGGAACCUGGAAGUGAGGAGCCUCGGCUUGACCAUAGCCGAGCCCCCGAGCCCUGGCUUCUUUCUCCCGGACCUGCACUCCCGGCUCCAUCCUACUACGGGCCCGGGAUGGCGCUCUCGGUGACAAGGCUCAUUGUCUUCUCCCUCCUGCAAGCCGUCCUCUCCCUGAACCCUGAGGACCCCAACGUGUGCAGCCAUUGGGAGAGCUAUGCCGUGACCGUCCAGGAAUCGUACGCCCACCCCUUCGACCAGAUCUACUACACGCGGUGCACAGAUAUCCUCAACUGGUUCAAGUGCACCAGGCACCGGAUCAGCUAUAAGACGGCGUAUCGGCGUGGCCUCCGGACCAUGUACCGGCGGAGGUCCCAGUGCUGCCCUGGUUACUACGAGAAUGGAGACUUCUGCAUACCCCUGUGUACAGAGGAGUGUGUGCACGGCCGCUGUGUUUCCCCGGACACCUGCCACUGUGAGCCCGGCUGGGGAGGACCCGACUGCUCCAGUGGCUGUGACAGCGACCACUGGGGCCCCCAUUGCAGCAACCGGUGUCAGUGCCAGAACGGUGCCCUGUGCAAUCCCAUCACCGGCGCCUGCGUGUGCGCCGCCGGCUUCCGCGGUUGGCGCUGCGAGGAGCUCUGCGCGCCAGGUACCCACGGCAAGGGCUGUCAGCUGCAGUGCCAGUGCCUGCACGGCGCCAGCUGCGACCCCCGCACCGGCGAGUGUCUCUGCGCACCUGGUUACACCGGCGUCUACUGCGAGGAGCUGUGCCCACCUGGGAGCCAUGGGGCUCACUGUGAGCUGCGCUGCCCCUGCCAGAAUGGGGGCACCUGCCACCACAUCACUGGCGAGUGUGCCUGCCCCCCAGGCUGGACGGGAGCUGUGUGUGCACAGCCCUGCCCGCCAGGGACCUUUGGGCAGAACUGCAGCCAGGACUGUCCAUGCCACCAUGGAGGGCAGUGUGACCAUGUGACUGGACAAUGCCAUUGCACAGCUGGAUACAUGGGGGACAGGUGCCAAGAGGAGUGCCCCUUCGGGACCUUCGGCUUCCAAUGCUCGCAGCGCUGUGACUGCCACAACGGGGGCCAGUGUUCACCCACCACUGGCGCCUGUGAGUGUGAACCUGGUUACAAAGGCCCACGCUGCCAGGAACGGCUGUGCCCCGAGGGCCUGCAUGGCCCAGGCUGUACCUUGCCCUGCCCUUGUGAUGCCGACAACACCAUCAGCUGCCACCCAGUAACUGGAGCUUGCACCUGCCAGCCAGGCUGGUCUGGCCGCCACUGCAAUGAGUCCUGCCCUGCUGGCUACUAUGGCGAUGGCUGCCGGCUACCUUGCCCCUGUCAGAAUGGGGCCGACUGCCACAGCAUCACUGGGAGCUGCACUUGUGCCCCAGGCUUCAUGGGAGAGGUCUGUGCAGUUCCCUGUGCAGCAGGGACCUAUGGCCCCAACUGCUCAUCCGUCUGCAGCUGUAACAACGGUGGCACCUGCUCACCAGUAGAUGGCUUCUGCACCUGCAAGGAAGGGUGGCAGGGCCUCGACUGCAGCCUGCCAUGCCCCAGCGGGACGUGGGGCCUGAACUGCAAUGAGAGCUGCACCUGUACCAAUGGGGCGGCCUGCAGCCCCACGAACGGCUCCUGCUCCUGCACCCCUGGCUGGCUGGGAGACACCUGCGAGCUGCCCUGCCCGGAUGGCACAUUUGGGCUGAACUGCAGUGAGCGCUGUGACUGCAGCCACGCUGAUGGCUGUGAUCCUGUCACCGGCCACUGCUGCUGCCUGGCUGGAUGGACAGGCAUCCGCUGUGACAGCACGUGUCCACCUGGUCGCUGGGGUCCCAACUGCUCCGUCUCCUGCAGCUGUGAGAAUGGCGGCUCCUGCUCCCCAGAGGAUGGGAGCUGCGAGUGUGCCCCUGGCUUCCGAGGACCCUUAUGCCAGAGAAUCUGCCCCCCUGGGUUCUAUGGCCAUGGUUGCACCCAGCCCUGCCCCCUCUGCGUGCACAGCAGCGGGCCCUGCCACCACAUCAGCGGCAUCUGUGAGUGCCUUCCUGGGUUCUCCGGAGCCCUCUGCAACCAAGUGUGUGCUGGAGGGCACUUUGGGCAGGAUUGUGCCCAGCUCUGCUCCUGUGCCAAUAACGGGACCUGCAGCCCCAUCGACGGCUCCUGCCAGUGCUUCCCCGGAUGGAUUGGCAAGGAUUGCUCCCAGGCUUGCCCACCUGGGUUCUGGGGCCCUGCCUGCUUCCACACUUGCAGCUGCCACAAUGGGGCGAGCUGCAGCGCUGAGGACGGGGCCUGCCACUGCACCCCUGGCUGGACAGGACUCUUCUGCACGCAGCGCUGUCCAGCAGCUUUUUAUGGCAAGGACUGUGGGCGCGUUUGCCAGUGUCAGAAUGGCGCCAGCUGUGACCACAUCAGUGGCAAGUGCACCUGCCGCACAGGCUUCACCGGGCGACACUGUGAGCAGAGAUGCGCUCCAGGAACCUUCGGCUAUGGGUGUCAGCAGCUAUGUGAGUGCCUGAACAAUGCCACGUGUGACCACGUCACCGGCACCUGUUAUUGCAGCUCUGGAUUCAAAGGAAUCAGGUGUGACCAAGCUGCCCUCAUGAUGGAGGAGCUGAACCCCUACACCAAGAUCAGCCCAGCGCUGGGUACAGAGCGGCACUCGGUUGGUGCCGUCACAGGCAUCGUCCUCCUGUUGUUCCUCAUUCUGGUGCUGCUGGGCCUGUUCGCCUGGCGCCGGCGGCGACAGAAAGAGAAGGGCCGUGACCUGGCUCCCCGCGUCUCCUACACACCUGCCAUGAGGAUGACCAGCACGGACUACUCCCUCUCUGAUUUGUCUCAGAGUAGCAGCUAUGCCCAGUGCUUUUCCAAUUCCAGCUACCACGCACUGGCGUGCGGGGGGCCUGCCACCAGCCAGGCCAGCAAUCUGGACAGGAACAGCCCCACGAAGCUCAGUACCAAGUCCCUUGACAGAGACACAACAGGCUGGACCCCCUACAGCUAUGUGAACGUGUUAGACUCCCAUUUCCAGAUCAGUGCCCUGGAGGCCAGGUAUCCGCCCGAGGACUUCUACAUUGAACUUAGACACCUCAGCCGUCACGCUGAGCCACACUCACCAGGUGCUUGUGGAAUGGAUAGACGUCAAAACACAUACAUUAUGGACAAAGGCUUCAAAGAUUACAUGAAAGAAUCCGUGUGCAGUUCUAGCACUUGCUCCUUGAAUAGCAGUGAAAACCCUUACGCCACAAUUAAGGACCCGCCCAUCCUCACCUGCAAGCUUCCAGAAAGCAGCUAUGUAGAAAUGAAGUCGCCUGUGCACAGGGGGUCUCCGUACACAGAUGUGCCAUCCUUGUCGACAGCUAAUAAAAAUAUAUAUGAAGUUGAGCCCACAGUCAGUGUGGUCCAAGAAGGCCGCGGUCAUAACUCCAGCUAUAUCCAGCAUCCAUAUGAUCUACCUAGGAACAGCCAUAUUCCUGGUCAUUAUGACCUCCUCCCAGUAAGACAGAGCCCUGUUCACGGGCCCUCCCUGGACAAGCAGUCUUAAGAGGGAUAAGCUUCUCUCUUGCAAUGUGCGCUGCUGAAUAUUCUCUGACUCUGAAAGAAGACAUUCCUUUGACUUGAAACAAUGGUACAGACUGACUCCAGCUGCGGGUUAGUUAUUACUUUCACCUGGAACUAAAGAAGAGCUUCCAAGUGGGACUGGAGUAAUUGUUCAAAAGGUCUGUUUGCAAAGGCAAAUCCUAUCACUCACCCACCCCAAACCCCAAAUCCCUGAAUUAUAUGGUCUUUUAAAACAUUUAGGAUACAGUUACUUGUCAACAUCAGCUAAAUAUCGCUAAAUAUAUUUAUUUAUAUACUUAAUUAUCUGAAACAUAAUGCUUAGAAACAUGUAGAAUAAGUUUUACAAACGUUCCUAGGGGGAAACGAGAACUGGGGAGGGGAGUGGAUUAUUUUAAAACACCUGCAAUAGUACCUAUGUCCUUUUGGUUGCUGUUCCCAUCAUGUUUGAUUACCUAAUUAGUACACAGACACAAACUGUGCUAAUAUUAAUCCUGAAGUACCUACAUAUGUCUGGUCCAUCAAAUUACAAUGGCCAAGGUUACAGAGUUAGUAUAUAGUCUAAAGCUGACAGCUUCCAUUUUUUAAAAUAAGAUUUUAAUAAACACAAAUUAACUUUCCCUCUUCUGCCCUGCUGGUAGUAGAACAAAGUGCAGCAGCCUCUUUUGGUCUACGACAGUAUUUCUAGGCCAAAUUCCAGAACACUGCAAGUAGUCCUGGCCUUGUCACGUCUCCUUAGUCCACCCAACAUCUGAGUCAUUCCAGGGGGAAACACAACUCUGAGGUGAUGCUUUAAGCAAACAGUCAGACUGAUAAGAAUUAAGUGUCCCUAAAAAUGGCUAUUUGGCCUCCCAGAUUUUUUUGGUUGGCAUUCCUUGACUCAGAAGAGUACUUGCUUUUCAAGCAUUUCUUCAUAAAUCUUGAGCUUGAUGUAAUCAUUAGACAGAAGUGGAUACAGCAAAUUUAAAUUGUUUAAAGUACAUUAUGUUUUUUGAUGGAACUAAAUUGAAAUGACCAAAGAAAAAAUGGACUGUAACUGGCUGUUGUAACAUGAUGUUAAAAACUUUAUAGUAAAGAGCAUGGAAAGAUAUGAAGUACUUCUACCUUAAAACCACCACCUACUGACUGAGAUGGCCAAAACUGAAUUACAAUGAGCUAAUGCUCCAGAUCCCAGAAUUCAAAUGUGUCACCUACCAUUAAACAUAAGUAAACGGGGGCGCAGAUGAGUCAAAAAUGGAGCCAACUCCCAAACCCCAUAAAGAGGACCUCCUCACGAGGAUUAAAGAUCAAAAGGGCAAACCAAGGAAACUAACAGUCACCCCUAUACCACUCCAUUCUCUGAUAACAGUCCAGCCAGUAAAACUACUUCCAAAAAGGUGUACAGAAGAGGAUCUAAAUGACUGCAAAGCUGGAAUAGCUGCUACAGGAAGUGUGGGAGUUCUGAAGCCCUUGAUAAAAUUUGAAGUCUGCCAUGGAACCCAUUAGUUUGGGUAAUAACCAGCAAAAGCAAGAAAAAAAAAAAAUGAGUACAAGCCCUUCACCACUUCAUUGAAAGCUUAAGCAAAUGUUAGGGGAAAAUAUCUAAUACUUACAUGAAUGCUGCAUGUGUGCAUGGGAGCAAGUGAUCAGCAAUAGCAAAUUUACUUUCCAAAAAAGCCUUAUUAAAAUAUAAAUACUAGAAAAUUACUUUGUAGACCCAAGUAAAUAUUUCUCAUACGUAUGUAGAAAGAAAUAUAAAUAACUUACCUCAGUAUAUCAGGGCAGCAAAUGCUCAAUUGUCUUUGUGAAGCAAGGAUCAAGAAUCAUGGCAAAGUAAAUCAGCAAGGAGAAACUUCAUCUCAAUCCCAGGUUUUUCUCUUCUCCCCUUUCCCUGCAUGUACAGUAACAGCUGCCUGGCAAACUGCAAACAAGCAGCAUCACUCAAGUUUCAAGUUUCACCUCUUUUUGCCAACUAUCUUCUGGGCAAAAUUCAACAAGAGGUGGCAGGGUGGAAUUGCUAAAGCACUGGGUCAAGAGAUUUGAGUGUUACUUGCCCUCUCUGGGCUCCUUUUCCCCCCAUGUGUCAAAAAGGGACAAGCAAAGAUGUGUAAGAGAAACCUAACAUCCCUUCAGCUCUAGCAUUCUGUUUAAAGAAAUGUAUCACAUAUCAAAUCAGACAAUACAGGGAAAAGGAAAGACAGAGGGUGUGAUUGGUGACAACAGCUGUCUUCACAAAUAUUAAGAGUUACUGGUAAAAGACAUUUCAAUCUUACAGAGCAACCAUUAGGAAUGUCUGUCUAGCACUGUCACAGGUAGGGGUCAUGGUCAACCUCCACAUGUGCGCUGUGCAUUUUAUUGGCAACUUGGAAAGAUUUGUUCAAUUAUUUUACAGAAACUAAGUUUUCAAAGUGAUGCGCAUAUAAUUCAAAUUAAUAAAGAAAACAAUUAUUGUACAAUAGCACUCAGACUAUGAAAUGGCAAUACUUUUUUAAAACAAUCCAGAUUUGUAAUAUAUUUGUUCACUGUGCAGAGGGAUCAUACCUUGUACAAAAUAAAUUAAUUUCUCAAACUAAUUUAUGGGAAUGCCUACUGUUGUGUUGCAAACCAAAAAUGUGUCUAUAAUCUACACCUCAGGUUUAAAAGGUAGAACUAACCUACGUUUUUUGUGGUCACGUUAGACAGAGAAGUGAAAAUUAUGCCCAUAAAUGCUUGAAAAUAAAGUGAAAAAGUCCUAUCAAAUUUAUAACAAGUCUCUUCCUUUAAAGUAAUGAAUGGGAGCAACAUAUUCUUAAUUCAUGUCCAAAAAUUACUGAAAAUCUCAUAAACAUCAAUAUACUCAAAUAGAGAAUUCCUCUGCUGUCACAAAGAUGUGACCUCAAAGACAACUAUCACAGCCUGUGCUCAGCUCAAGACACAAAGGUAGUUCUAUGGAAUGGAAUAAAGGCAAGUGAAAAGGCUACCUAAUUUGCCUAAGUGCAAUGAAUAGCUUUCUACUAGGAGAAGUUAUCACCUAGUACAGUAUCCUGGGUGAAUCUGUCUUUAGGACCUUUUAAAAAACAUAACCUUGUGACCUAACUAGUACAGGAGCAGCAGAAUUAAUUGUUAUAAAAUACAGAUGCUAAAAAACAGCUUACUGAAUGCAUUCAGUGGUGUAAGUUUAAAAUUUCUCCUUCAUACUUUCAAAGGUUUGUACAUAAUCCUCGUAUCUAAGUCAAAUUAAAACCUUUCAACUUGUCAGUUCAUAAGGCCUAGGUGAUACUCAGUUAUUCCCAUUUAAUAAAAUGUUUAACCAAGAAUACAUUUUUAGUAGAGAUUAAAACUCAUUCAGAAAAAAUCCUCCUACCAACAGAUAAUUCUCAAGGGCUGGAGCUUGACAUCUUAGGGCAAGACGAAGUAUAAUCAAGAAUUAUAAGACAAAAACGGUACUUACCAAGAAUGAUAGUGUCAGAUUAUGACUUAGGAGGCUCAGAAUACUACCCAAUACCUAAAUGAUAACCAAAGGCUUGAACUCAAUACAGAAGAUUCAAGAAUAAUACAUUCUCUUAGCCAUUCAUCUAACCAGAGGGAAGACAGAAGAGGCCCAGAAUAUGUGCACAGAGAGGAAAUGGAAAAUCUUUCUUAGAAGGGAUGGAUGGGUACAUUAGGGAUUCAUUAUUCUAUUACUUUAAAUUUUGUAAUUUAUUAAAUUAUUUGUAAUUUUAUACAACUUUUAAUGAAAAAAAUUGUUAACCUGAAUGGUAAUUCUCAAACUAUAGCGCCCCAGACUAAACUAGAAUGAACCCUACCUAGGGUUAGCCCCCUUACUCUUUUAGAUGGUCCUUAUUCUGACAUGGGUUUGGUUGCAGGGGGGUUACAUAGCAGGAAUGUAAAUAUGAAGCACAUUCCCUGUCUUUGUGGAUCUUACAAUGUAGCAAUUUCAAAAGGGCAGGAAUAAAUGGAGGGACCUGGGGAUUAGUCAGUGCUGAUUAUACAUUUUUUUCCCUGACUUGCAGAGCUAGAAAGACUCUGAGCAGAGUCCUUCUACAGAAUGUAGAAGUUCUGGUCUCACAUUCCCUCCUCAUUCUAGCUUUGCCUCCCAAGCUAUUGUCCAGCUCAGCAGAUGGCCCUCCAGAGCCUGGGAUAAGAGAAAACAUGGGGACCCAAGAUCUUACAAAGUCCUGUUACUUAGGCAUACACUUAAAUGUAAACCAAAACCAGAAACCUCCUCCAGAGUUGGUUUCCUAUCAGAUAGCCUACAUAAAAUGUUGCUUCCUGCAGUUUCCCAGACUGUCCCGUUUCAGGCAUGACCUUCUAUAAUAUUCUUAGGCCCAUAUGAUGGAAGGCUUUAGCAUGGAGGCUAGUACAAUAGUCAGCAACUUCUUAAACAUAAGGAACCACUUCCCUAGAGGGGUCUGAGAAAAUGGUAUGCAGAGAGAAUGGCGGUUUGCAGUACAGGAAUAGGUGCUAAAGUCAGUAUAUUUAUUCAUUGGCAUGGGGACAACAAGAUCCGAGAUUUUGUGACAGGGCAAUGUUAACAUCCACUGACUCAAACAAAGGGAAGGAAUCCUGUUGGCUACUAAUUUUCACUACCAUCACUCGUACUGGUAACAGAGUAGUUAACAGCCAAUACAAUCUGCCAGGACCUACCCAUUCUCUGCUUAAUAAUGCUAAAUAACUAAAUUCAAAUGUUUAGACUACUAAUAAUUAGAUUACUAGACUAACAGCCAAAGGAUGCCAUUUAGUAUCGUAUGUACACACAUACACCUAUAUGCUUGGAUACAACUUUUAAUGAAAAAAAUUAACCUGAAUGAUAAUUCUCAAACUAUAGCACCCCAAGCUAAACUAGAAUGAACCCUACGGUUAGCCCCCUUACUCUUUUCGAUGGUCCUUAUUCUGACAUGGGUUUGGUUGCAGGGGGGUUCUAUUGAAUUGCUAGCUCUACAGACUGGUGUACCUUCUUGUAGAUUCCUAUUAGCGACAAUAAAAAAAAAUAAAACACAAAAUGUUUUUAAAAGUUCUCUACCAGACAUGAAUAUAUUUUAAAGUAUAUAUUAAAAGCCAGCAAAAUUUUAACAGUAAGAGUCAAAAAACAAGCAGUUCUCAAUGUACAGUUGACACAGCAGCCCAUCAGGUACUCCUCCCCUUAGCACAGAUAUAUUACUUUGUUACAAAUUGUUGAAAUUGAAAGUCAUUUUGCAAAUGAUAUGAAAGCUUUCAUCUUAUUUAAUGGAGUUAAUAUGCAAAUAAAGGUAACAUUCUAGUGGAAAUAAGAAUAUCAUUCUAAGGCCAAAAACAUCUUGCAAAGUGUACAUUUCAUUUUUACUUAGCUAUUAUAUUUGCGUUAGAAUGUAUAAUUUGGCUCUAGUACCUGAAGAGUUCAUUCAUAGAAUUACUGAAUUAGAGCUGGGAUGAGCCCCAGAAAUGAUCUAAUGCGGUCGGUCCCAGGUCCCCUCAUUAACUGAAAGGUGCGGCUCAGAAAUAAAAUGACUAGAAGAGCUGAGACUAGAAUCCAAGUCUGUCACCCAGUCCAGUGCUAUUAUACCUGCUACUUUCUUUCAACUCACAGAAUUUGCAUAUUUUCUAAUAUAUACCUUAAUAUAUACCUAGUACCAAGGUCCUUUCAAAUAUUCUUUAUCUUCCAAUUCAAUUUUCAGAGACAUGGAUACUUCAAUUGAAAUUAUCUCUCAGGCUAUUGGUCUCCCUUAAUGACAGUAACAUUUGGUAUUACUUUAUUGUUACCACCGGCCUCUAUAGUUUGGAGAACUACAAUCAUUCUUUAAAACUUCAGAAUGAAAACUUGCAGGUUUUUUUUGGCACAUUGUAUAGGUGAAUGGAAAAGGUGACCUGUCAAAUCCCAGAAGAGGGUAUGGUACCAGCACAGCCUGGGCCAGAAGGACAAAAAUUAGUCCUAUUCUCUUUAGCACGAAUCUGGCUGUUAUGCUAACCCAUUAUAUGACGUGGAUCCUUUCAUGACCUUCAUUCUUUUUUUUUUCCACACAGAGAAUGGAUGUCAUCACAGUCCUUACACAAAAUUCACACAUAUUUUGUUUUGAAAAUGUUUUCAGGCUUAUGAUGUUUGUGAAACAUCAAGUAACCAUAUUUCUCCUCUGUUAAGAAAAAAAAAAGUCCACAAACCGAAACCUAACAGGCUGGGAUACGUUUAUACAUAUCCACACAGCCUUUGAAUUAUUCUGCUUUGAAUUAUUCUGGUAUUGACCAAAAUUGUUUAAGUAGUAAUUUUAUCUCUUUAAGGUAGAUGGAAGAGAUUAUCACAAUAGCCCGAACCACUGAGGGUUUGUAUUUUGUAACUACAAGUCACUAAAGAUGUUCAUUUUCCCCAAUGAUGAAAUAAAAAUGACUAGCUCUGAUGAGCAAUCCAAACUCUUAAGAAGUCUUCACUUUUCUGCAGAACCCUUCAGAACUUAAAAGACCUCUGGCAUAAGUCAGAGGUUUUAGAAUUUAGUUAACACCCCUUCUUAGAGUUUAGCAUACUCAAUGCAAUGGCUAAAUUAGAAAACUUCCCCCUUACAAAGUAACUACUAUUAGAAAAAAAAUCAGACAGCACUUAAGAACAUUUACCUACAAGUUUAAACCAAGUCAAAAUGGCUAACUGACUUUUCAGGAGAAUAAGUUAAAAAUAUAUAUAUAUUCAAAGUUAAAAUAACUGAAAAGCGAGGUCAUGCAGCAAAACACUUCGAAUAAACUGCCUUGAGCCCUAAACUAUCAUAUUAUUUUAAAACUUAAUGUUUUUUACUUGAGACAGUUCUGUCUCCUCAUACUAUCCAGAAUUAAGCCAUUCAUUGAAAUGCAAUCAAAAACUAUUUUUCUACUACUACUUCCGGUUUCUUGGAAUGCUCCCAAGAUCCAACCAUGCCCAAGGCAACUUAAGUCUAUACUUGGUAAAAAUUCAGUUACUUUAUUCAUUUUCAAUUCAAUACUUAAGUUUCUCCUUCUCUUAAAUUAAAUUUUGUAAAAAGACUACCAAUUUUCAGUAAAAUAAGUAGUGAUGGAGCUUCUUCCUGGGUCUGGUGACACUGUUAUGAUGAAAGUACUGAGAUUAAUUACUACCCUUAUAGUUUUGGUAAUACUUUUUCUAAGAAAAGCAUAAUUGAAGUACAUGUCUAAAAUCAAAGCUGAAUACACACAAUGGUGCCUCCAAUUCAAUGUUUACUUUGUAAUGCAAGGGCCUAUACACUCUCAUUUGUUAGAAUCAAAUAUUCCAUGGCUGCAUCCAAACCACUCAAAGGGAAAAUGUAAUCUGACAAAGAAUCGGCCCCCUAUAACUGUUUAUUAGAAUGCAAAUAUAUUCCAAAUCAAUAACUAAAAAAAAGUCAAGUUACAGAGCAUGCAUAAAAUACAAAGUAGCGAUUUACAAAUAGAUAAUAGUAUCUUCAUACCAAUACACUAAAAUAAAGUGGCUACAGAAGCAAACCGAAAGACCGACCACAGCAAUGCCUUCAGUGCGCCCCACACGUCAUGAGCAUCGCAAAAGACAGAAGAUUAACUAUGAAACAUAGUAAUCUAUGCAAGCCCACACAUACACAUUUUGGGGACAUUCCACCAUCCUGAAUCGUAUCACUUCAGUUGACACAACUUUCAGAACACUGCAGAGUAAGUGCUUAAUAUUAUCCACAAGAAAGUAAAACUAAAUAUUAGUGUGCACACUUCUGAAUGAGAAACUAGUUGCUCUACUGAUUUCAAUAAUGUAGUGGAAGAAAACUAUUUCAGGUCUGUAUAAUGGCCUAAAUGCAUUCUAUUUAAACUCAAGGUCGUAUUUCAUCUUAAGUACUUAAAGAAUACAUGCCUUUAAGUGGUACCACGUGAGAAGACAUUAACCUCUCACUGUAUUCUUUUGACAUACUGAAACCUGAUAUUUAACUGGACUAUAUUCCAUAAUAUACUGCAAAACUCAAAAAUCAGCAUCAUUAAAAUAACUACCCAUGUCUGCUGGUGAAUAUGGUGAUAAAACUAGGUUGCAUUUCAUUUAAUGGGAGGUUUUAAGACAAAAUUAACACUUCACAAUUUGAUACUAAGAGCAUUAAACCAGUUAUUGCCUAAGCAAUAAAAUGCCACAUAAACUACUGCUGGGAAAUUAGAAAACUUAAAUGACUUAUCAUUAACUUGGGCUUCCUGAUCAUUCUAAGAGGCACCUCGGAUGGAAUUCCACCCGUCUAUCCAGUUCCCAGCCUGCCGGGCAGCAAUGUCUAACAUAUGGCCCCAUAACCAUACCACCCACAAACGAAAAUAUAAGUCUUCUGUGUUUAUUAAGAUAAUUCUUGUCCAGAAAAAAGUGCCUCUCGAAUCAACUUUGAUGCUUACAAAAAUUAAAAAACAAAAUUUACUAAACUACAUAAUCCUAUUAAGGCAUUUUAGAAAUUGACUUCCAGAAUAAUGAAAAAUUUUCAAGCUCUCAAAAUCCUACUAUGUUUAUAGGGCAAUUCUUAGAUUUGCGGAUAUACUGCAGUGAGAGAAGAGUGUAUGAAUUACAAGCUGCUUGUUAUAAGCUGCUCUGUGGCAAAAUGAUAGCUUAUUACUAAAGUCUUCUUAGUUUGAUUUGAUCAAGACCAACAGGUCUGAGCUUCAAGUGAUCAAGUUCUAUUAUGUUCUACAGUGACAGGCUUCCAUCAUGAAAAGUAAACAGUAAUUGAGGAAUCCAAACAUUCAGUUUAUUAAACUAAGGCUAGUGAAGCCAUAGCAUGAAAAAAAGCUGCAGUCAUUCGGGACAAGUGGAUAAUUUUAUAAAGCUAAAAU